AUGAUCGGUCGUAUCGCUGACAAAGCGGUGUUGUUUGACUCGCAUCCGCGUAAUAAAGUAGGCAUGGCGAACAAAGAAGGAAAAGCGAUCCGGGCUGUCUUCCACGGGGUUAAAACGUUGGCCACGUAUCUAAAGCAAUUAUACAAAACCAGAACACAUCCAGAUCUCAUGUACACUUUAGAGUAUAUGAUCCUAGACGAGAGCGUGCCGGUAGAAGGGUCGGUUAGGGUACAGAUAGACGAGCUGGCCUUUCGAAUGCAGGGUGUGACGAAUAGUGCCAAGAUUUUCAAGCAGUCUCUAUCUAAUAGGUGGAUGGGGCUCUCGUCCAACCUGAAAGCCAAUCUGAGCGGUGGCAACAACAGCGGUAGUACUUCAGAUGUAAGCCAUUCCCAAAAUGAUAGGAGGGCUAGGGCAGUCGCGCCUAAACCCGAACAUAGUAACAACCAUAGUAACAACCAGAACGGAACCCAUAGUAUAAAUCAGACCAGCGAUCUCAUCCGCUUUGACAGCAACGACAAAGACACCAGCGAACACGUCCAAGACCACAAUAAGUUUCAGGGAGUGGACACGACAACAGGGGCCAUUCAGGCUAUACAGUAUCCUAAAGCAAAUGCGCAUAUGUUUUGA